ACCGGGCGUCAAGAUCAGGUCAAUUUACAUACAUAACACCGCCCAGGGGGCAGAGCAUGUUGAUCUGCCAUCUGUCCAACAACGGUUCGGAAGGAAGGUACAAAAACAGAUGACAAAAGUUAAGGAGGAGGAGCGCUGUUUCGACACACACUGUAAGGCUUGACAGGGGUUUGCCCCAUUUGACACCGCGACAUGGACGCUUUGAAAUCCGCUGGAAGAGCGAUAAUACGAAGCCCCAGCAUCGCCAAACAGUCGUGGGGAGGCGGCAGACAUAAAAAGCUUCCUGAAAAUUGGACAGACACGAGGGAGACCCUACUGGAGGGCAUGGUGUUCCAGCUCAAGUACCUGGGGGUCACAAUGGUUGAGCAACCCAAAGGAGAAGAGCUGUCUGCUGCUGCUGUCAAAAGGAUAGUGGCCACAGCCAAAGCCAGUGGAAAAAAACUCCAGAAAGUCACGCUAACAGUCUCCCCUCGUGGAAUCAUCCUUUACGACAGUGCCUCCAACCAGCUGAUAGAAAACAUUUCCAUUUACAGAAUUUCUUAUUGCACAGCAGACAAGAUGCACGAUAAAGUGUUUGCCUACAUCGUCCAGAGCCAGCAUAAUGAGACUCUUGAGUGUCAUGCCUUCCUCUGCACAAAGAGAAAAGUGGCGCAGGCGGUAACCCUAACUGUGGCUCAGGCUUUCCGAGUUGCGUUUGAAUUCUGGCAGGCUGCCAAGGAAGAGAAGGAGAAGCGAGUGAAGUCUGGUUCAGAUGGUGAAGGAGCCAACAGCUCCCAUUCGGACAGCUCAGCAAGCCUUGGCAGCCUGAAGGGAGGAGAUGCAUCCACAACAAAACUUCUGGAUUUGGCGGAAGGGGCCGACGUAGCUUUGGUCCACUCAGGAACAAUAGAAAUGGAAUCAAAUCCCUUCACGGUGCAUAAUCGUUCAACUGAGAACAACAAUACUGUAUGGGAACUCGAGGACGGUCUGGAUGAGGCUUUCUCAAGCCGCAGUCUGGAUAGCUUUGAAUCCUGCUCAGACUCGCUGAGUCUCGCACUAACCCCCAGGUCCUGGACAUUGGGGUAAACCCUCAGGAUUUUACCACUGACGAGUGCCUGUCCCCAGGCAAGUGGGACCAAGAGGACACAGACUUCCCAGCACAAAAAGACUCUCUGGGGUUCUAAAGGAAAGCCUCCCCUAAGAUAGCGACCGCCAGGGGGGAAAAUACCAAGGAACGCCAACGGGUUCUCGGCCCGCUCCCUGAAGUCCGUUGACGUCCUCUGAUUGAUUCAGGCUGGCGUUUCUCAGGUGCUCCUGCAUCUACACAACCAGAGAAGGUCGACAUGAGCAGACUUCGCACUCAACAAGCCAAAGCAAUAUAAACCACUUUAUCUUUGUAUAAGAUCAUGCACCAUCAUCAUUUGUUUGUUACAGUCAGUGUAUUGUUUCUUCCAGCUCCUCCUUAGCCAGUCACUGCAUGUAUCGUGCUUGUCUUAUGUUUGUUUUUUUUACACCAUGUUAGAAUGGAAUAUGUGUAUUUGAUAGAACUUACGGCAUGGCAACUACAACUUACGUUUCUCACAAAAGGUCAUGAUCAACAAGGGUGCUGUCAUUGUUAUUGUUAAGAAUGGAGAGGUUUAGUCGGGUUUGAGAGGGAGGCAAAAGAUUUCAUUGGUGAAUAUCACCAAUGCACCAGUACUCACCUGUAUUGGGCAAAAGUACAGUUACUACCUGUGUUCUUCAAGGCUCCUGUCUCUAGUUGGGCAAUACAAGCUUUAAGGAAACAUGUAUACGUGGGGGUCAAAGUGUGUGAUAGAAAGCUAAACAAAAGACAAUCCUAUUUUUUUUUCUCCCCAAAAUUCAAAAUGUAUUUUUGCACUGUGCAUGUAUCCAUGUUUAAAAGCACAUAUGUCGUGUAAGGGAAUUAAAUGUCAAGUAAUUAUUUGUGUAAGAAAUGCUUCUUCAUUCAUCUACAGUGGAUUCACUUUGCUGCAUUAUAAACAUGUGGUGAAUUUUGAUAAUUACUUCAUUUGAAAGUCAAAGUGUACCACAUAAAGUCGUCAAAGCCACUGUGUUAAAAUACAACAUCCAAACGGGAUAGGGGUAACUACUGUUUACAACCACUGUUGCAGUGACUUUAGGGUGUUUUUAAAUAUCCCAUGUUAGGUUUAUUUUUACCAUUUUUGUUUCAUGUAUGAAUUCAACUAAGUCACAUAAAUUUAAUUUGCCGUACUGUGGCCGAGUGGUUAGCAUGUUGGCCACAUAAGAGAUCUGGAAGAUCUGGGUUCGAAUCUCUGUUUGGGCAUCUCUGUGUGGAGUUUGCAUGUUUUCUCCGGCUCCUCCCACAUUCCAAAAACAUGCAGGUUAGGUUAAUUGGCGACUUGAAUUUGUCCAUAGUUGUGAAUGGUUGUCUAUAUGUGUGUCCUGCGAUUGGCUGGCGACCACCUCUCGCCCAAAAGUCAGCUGGGAUAGGCUCCAGCAUACCCCCGUGACCUGAGUGAGGAUAAACUGAAUAGAAAUAUGAUAUAUCUGUUCUUAAACUACAAUUUAUAGCAAACCUUGGUGUUUUCCUAAUAACUUUGAUGCUGAAUGCUUAAUUCAGUUAGACAAUGUUCUAGGAAAUUUAACAUCAUGAGGUUUCUAUUGCUGUAUUUUGAUUUGUAUAUUUUUUCUCAUGUCUCAUCCAGCAUCAUACAAAAAGAGGUCACUUACAUUGAAAUAUUUUGUAAUAUCUCAGAGUAACAAAGCAUUGUGAUAAUUAAAACAAACUUUGUAUACAUAAGGUCACUUUAGUGUACUAUUAUUCAGCAAUGGUUAAACAAAAGUGAAGGUCCCAACAUGAAGUGGUUUUUUGUUUUUUGUUGGCAAAUAAAUAUGUAUGUAGAAGC